GAAACUAUUGAUCCGGUACUUCAGGAAAAGCAUCGUAUGGGUGAGCAGUUGAAGACGAAAGGUACUGCUGCUCAGCGUCCAUCCGUGAGCUCUUCAAACUCUGCGGACGCCCAGUAUUGGCAUGGCAAAACAUAG